CCCGAUGCCGACCGCAGGCUGCUCCCUCCUCCAUCCUCCCGACGCCACAAUAGGGGCAACGACAACGACGUCGGGUGCCAGCCGCGCGCCGCGGCUGCCCUCGUCCUCCUCUACCACCUCGUCCUUCUCUUCCUCCUCUCUCCCCUCCCCUUCCUUUAUCUCUCUCUCCCCUGCCCUCCCGAUGCGGCGGUGGGCGGCGUGGCCAGCUCGUGCGGCUGGCCCGAGGCGGCGCGACGGCGGCUCUGCUGCUCCUCCUCCCCCUGCAUCCUCUCCCUUUCUCUCUCCCCACGACCAUAGCCACGUUUGCUCUGCAGAAACCCUAGGUGCCAUGGUGGGCUCGGAUCUGGCCGCGGUGAUUCCUGGCAUGCGCUGCACCGCCAUGGCUGCCUCCGACAUUUCUGAUGGUGGUGUCUCCUCUGCUCAAUUCAUUUCUUAGCGUCUCCCAGGUUGAUGAAUUGUAAUGUCUCUGCUCCUCCCCUCUCUCCUACUGCCCAAAACCCAGCCACCAGGGGUGAUGGACAAGUUUGUGUCUUGGUUCCUAAUAGUUCGCGUAAAAGAUUGAGGCUCUCUAUAGCUACGCAUGCAGUAUCCUAACUAAGCCCCAUCCACAUCAUCACCGUGUAUUGUAGCAUAAAAAGGAGAUAAAUGUCUCCGGAACUGGUUUCUCAUGCUCACCACCCCUUAAGCUUUGAUUUGUAUCCUCAUUGCUUAUAAUGGAAUGUUCUCAGCAUAUGCCAUUGGCCAUUUUCCCAUUCUUCAGCUUAUGAUGAAAAUUCCAUACCACUGCUCAAGGAUAGCAUCUGAUGUUCAUUCGCUUGUGAGGUAUUCGGCAUGACCUACUACAUACUCUAGUUGUCGGCAUGCCUUGAAGCUCCAAGUUGAUAAACAAAUGAUGAUUGGUAUGUUUCUGAGGCCUCUAAAAAAUCCUACCUGCUUUGAAACAAAUACCUUCUUUGUUGCUGCAGCAGAAAUUUUAUGGACCUUUAAAACAACGUGUUGGUUUGCGGGACAGAAAUGUCAGUGGGAUUUACUAUUAUUUAUGUUGCAAUUUUCUUUGGUCUAUAUAGGUGCUACAACUAGAUGACGAGCAAAGCAGCUUUUCAUUUAUUAGGAACAUUUUUUUUGCAACUAUCCAUUUGUUAUGAAGAUUUUUUGCCUAAUUUGUUAGCAAUUUUUAUUUAACUCAGCUGUUUUUGUUUCAGGAAUGCCUGUUCAAACACCAACUAAUUAUUUUUGGGAAUUCUCACUGUGCCUUUCUUUGUUUAUUCAACCGUUAAAAUUGUAUGACAAUUUUCCCUAUCUUAUUUCCAAUGCUUUGUACAUAACAAAAAAAUGCAUCGCUUUAUCUUAACAGUACUUGGUUCGUUCACCAACAUUAGGAUGCUACUGCAUUGAGUAAUACAUUUUCCUGUUAUAAAUGUACAUACCGACACAACUCAUUUGCCAGUCAUUUAGCAUUUUGUAAUAAAGAUAUCGCUGUUAGGCGGCUGUUAUGCUUUUCCUGCCAAAUUAUUUGCUUAUUUCACUCUCAACAAUCAAGUUCUCUAUGCGCCAUUUGUCAAAUUUUGUGCUCCCUUCUAACAGGGUGCAAGUACCUAUCUAGGGCAUUGUGUCUCUAUAAUCUGCCUUUAUAUGGUAGAUUCAAAAAUUUUAUGCCUCAAUAAUAUUCUUGUUCCAAUUUUCUUCCUAUUACCAUGGAUUCUCUAACAUUUAAAUUUGGACCACACUCUGGAACGACUCGUACUUACACCAUUUCAAAUUCAGCUUUAUAUAAAAAAGCUUUGUGGUUUAAUUUGCAUUUGCACAUCCAAAAUGGUUUUGGUAUUAUCAAAUGAAAUUUAGGUGUGCAUACUGCUGCUUGGGUUUUCUUUUUUCUUUUAUUGCUAUAUGGUGAUUCUCAGAAACCUACAGAGUACAUGUUUCUCCUUUUGAGCACUCCUACUUACAAGCAUAAUUGCACAUGGUAAGAUUUCGUGUCAUCUCCAUGUUGGUUUACAACUUAUACAAUGAUAAUAUGUGCGUCAGAAACAAAGCAUGUAUAUUUGAACUAGCCUAGAGGAACCAUGCCAGUUAAUUUUUUCUAUUAUACUACUUUUAGAACUAAUAUAGUUGGGUGCAGUAUGGCAACUUAAUUAUGCUACCUCAGAGAAUACAAGUGCUAUAUACAUUUAGAAUUCUAUCUUGGUUAUGAUACUUUUAAAAGUUUUGCAUGCACGGAUACCUUGUUAUGAUUGGGACGUCUAGUUAUGAACUCUAUUUAAAUAUCAUUGGUACACAAUUAAGUGUUGCGCUAUCCCAUCAAUCAUUAUUAAAACCUCUACUUACAAAUGUUAAAGUACGGUUCAAGGUUUUUUCAGUGCAACUAAGGUCGUUACAUGGUUUUACUUAGUUCUACUGAGAUGUUAUGAGUCCUAGACUCCUAGGUGGCCAACACUAUUAAUUAUUGCUACUGACACAUCGUUGUAGUUUAAGGUUGCUUAGAGUUGGAAAUUUAUGUGUACUUUUACUUCUGCUCCAUGUCUUACCACUAACUGCCGAAUAGCUUUAUGUCAAGACAAAAUGAUUCUUAUACACUGUUUGUUUUCAUAUUUUAUUUUAUUAUAGUAUUUCUUCGAGUUGUGAUAUGGUCCAUGCACAAAUAACUGCAUGCAUUUUCAACACAUGCAUAUUCAGGUUUCUCAAUCCAUUUGGAUGUUUUCUGGACUGCAUACAUCACCUGCAUAUCCGUGUUUUUUUGGUUUAGCACCAUGGAAAUGAUAAUUUUCAUGUUAAUUUGUUUUGUCCAUCUGAAGAAAAUCUCAAUGCUAAACAGUAACUUAUUUUUUAAAUGCUAAUCCAUAGCUAUGAUUUUUACCUAAUUAAGAGUUUUGUAUUAUUAUGUCUUAACGGUCCAGAACUGUGUUUUAUGAAAUUUAUUAUAUUUUCAAUCCAAACAACCUAUAUCAGUUACUUUAAUGUCUAUUUGUUUUAUCUCCACCUCCAUCAUGCUUCCUUCUAACUUGCAGUAUGAAGCUCCAACCUUAAUGUUUCAUAGGACGCCCCUUGUUACUGUCAAAAUCAUUUUUGACACAAUUACAUACCUACUAAGAGUUAAGGCAUCUUGAUGGCAGUAAGAGGAAGAGGCAGAGGCAGAGGCCGUGGCAAUGGUGACAAUGCCCCAAUUGUUGUGGAGGAACUUAUGCAAACUCAGAAUGAGAUGAUGCACGUUUUCAUGCAGCACCUACAGCAACAACCCCCACCAACACCACCACCUGUUCAUGUGAGAGAUAAGCGUGGAGAGUUUAUGAAGGGAAGACCCCCAGUGUUUACACACUCAGCUGAUCCUAUGGAGGCAGAUGAUUGGCUUCGUGCUGUAGAAAGACAACUGAACAUAGCCCAGUGCAAUGAUAUGGAAAAAGUGUUGUAUGCUUCUGGACAACUUCAGGGAGCAGCUCAGACAUGGUGGGAGUCAUACCAAGCUGCUCGUCCCAACAAUGCUCGUCCUGUCACCUGGAUGGAAUUUUGCAGAGACUUCCGAGCACGACACAUCAAUGAGGGAAUGAUGGAGCUCAAGCAGGAAGAAUUCAGAUCUCUCAGGAUGGGUUCUAUGUCUGUGGCUGAGUAUCAUGACAUGUUUGAGCAGUUGGCUCGCUAUGCUCCAAAUGAAGUUAGAGAAGAUGCUGAUAAGCAACGUCUAUUCAUGAAAGGUCUUUACUAUGAACUUAGAUUGCAACUGGCUGGAAACACUUAUCCUACUUUCCAGGCACUGGUGAACCGUGCUAUUGUGUUGGAUAACAUGCGCAAAGGUCAGGACAAGAAGAGGAGGAUGCUAGCACAAGGUUCUGGAGGCAACAACCGCCAACGUUUCAAUUCUCAGCAAGGCGAUCAACAGAGGUACCAGGGACCGGUUGGACAAUGGGAUCGCAACCAACAACCUCAGCGUAAUCCUAAUCAACAGCAGAGUGGUCAGCAGGUUCUCCGCUCAGGGAAUUCAACUGCCACCUCUAUGAAGAGAAGUGCUCCCAAUACCCCUACUAGGUGUUUUCGCUGUGGGAAAGAAGUUCAUAUGUCAUAUGAUUGCCCAGAGAGGUUCAACCAGCAGAACAACAAUCAAAAGUCUAAUUCUCAUGGAGCAAAGGUGAACCACGUGGCUGCAGAGACAGUACAGGAAGGACCAGAGAUUAUGAUGGACGGUGAGCCGUACGUAGGUGAUCUAGACCAAGCUUUUGAAGACCAUUCAGCUAACUCUGCUGGAGCCAUCCUGUAA